AUGCAGGCCUGCGACCGGUGUCAUGCACGGAAGACGCGCUGCGAUCGCCAGCUUCCGCAAUGUAGUGCUUGCAGGAAAGCUGGCACCCCUUGCCUCCAUGCCGACAAGCUUCGACAACGCAGCAUGCCACGCGGCUAUGUCGAUGGCAUCGAGGCGAGGGUUCAGCAACUCACGGCUGAGAACAUUCAGCUCCGGCAGCAGCUCCACCGCGCCUCACUGUCUUCUCAGGAGAAAGAGAUAGACUCGACCAACAACAAAACGGGACCAUCCGGCGCGACCGCAGGCGCUCCUCCUAGCAUAAACAAUACACAGCAAAAGACUGGAAAGAGCACAGACUCUACAUGUAAUACUCCUGCUGACAACAUCAUCGCGGUCGAGAUGGGACAUCUAUCCCUGGUCGCCACUGGUGAAACCCGGUACCUGGGCUCUGGUAGCGGUAUGGGUCUCGCCAAUAUGAUUAGCAGCGCCAUAAGCACACAGAGCCGCAUGAUUCUGCCAGCAGAAUGCUCGCUAUCCGAUACACCCAGUCCUAGCGGCGCUCCUGAAGGUGCCACGGACUCGCACCGCCCCUCUCUCGCAGAUGCCAAACCUCUUGUUGACGCCUACUUCCAGCAUGCACAUAUUACAUUCCCUUUGCUGCAUAGACCGAGCUUCAUGGGAACCGUCGAGAAGAUCUACGCAGAGCCUGGGUACUACGAGAGCCAUGCUUCUGAAGCUUUCACCUUUGAUAUGGUCCUUGCUAUCGGGAGCUCCAAUUUCAAUAGACUGGAUGAGCCGACAACCAGUGCAUCUACGUUUUAUGCCAUUGCUCUUUCCAAGGUGCAGCGAGUCAUGGCUAUGGACGGUCUGACAGUUCUCAAAGCCAUAUUGCUCGUGUCUCAGCACGGAAUAUUUAGCAACCUCCGAGACACCGGCGCAAGUAUAUGGCACUUGAUUGGGAUUGGAGCCCGACUAUGUUUUGAACAGGGGCUACAUCUUGAGCAAGGAAAGCUAAGUGGCGGGACCUGGCAUAGGUCUGACACCGUGACAUUUGCAGAUGAGAUGAAGAAGAGAUGUUUUUGGUGUUUGUAUAACCUGGACAGAAUCGUUGCUGUUACACUCGGACGACCAUUAGCCAUUCACGACGAAGAUAUAGAUGUGUCGCUGCCCUCCCACUUGGACGAUGACCAGCUGUCUAUCGAACAUCAUGUUGAGGUUAAUAUAAAUCCCGAUAGGCCGACACAGCUAUCCCCGUUCCUCCAUUUGAUUCGCAUUAGACGUUUAUCCGGGCAGAUACUGAACACAUUUUACAACCGUAAGCACCGUCGAUCAAUCUCCAUUGAGGAGAAGAUGCAAGUACGCAUGCGCUUCCAUCGUGAAAUUGUCGCCUGGAAAGCCGACACGAAACUUUUACACCUCACCAGUAGAAACCGAGAUCAAACUUACGUAUCAAGCUUUUUGACAGAAGAGUGGUAUAAUGCUGUCUAUAACAACGCUAUGCUGCUAUUAUACAGACCGUCACCGUAUCUGCCGCAUCCAACCACUAGUCUUGGACCAAAUAACGAAGAAGCCGAAUUGAUUGUCUUGCUCAAUACUGCAAAGGCAUCUAUAGAGUCAUACAGCACUCUUCGUUCAUUGAGAAGACUUAACUACUCAUGGAUUACUCUUCAUGGGGUCUUCCUUGCCGGCGUAGCCUAUAUCUACAGUUUGGGAAGAUUGAUACGCGAUCCGGCACAACGGGGCUCGAUACCAGAGAUAAUAAGCAUCGUCGAGGUUACGCGUGCAUGUUCGAACGUCUUAGUCGCUAUUUGUGAGCGUUGGAAUGUUUCUCGUCGUUCAUGCGAUUUAUUCGAUAAGCUGAGCAACACAGUCAUUAUGGAGAGCAUGGCUGCCACUUCAGGGUCACGAUACAAUGAAGGUCACUCAGAAAGUGGCUCAAGAACGGACUCUACAUAUAACCCUCUAGAUUCGCAGCGGUUACCUUCUGAUAGUAAUGCAGACUCCGCGGCAUAUCGCUCGUUACUUGAGGAAGAUACCUUCGGAUCGACUCCUAUGCUUGACCAGAUUUUUUCCAUGGAGGAAUUUCGCCAGGAUGCCCCGACAUUCGACUUCGCUUCUGGCAGAGAAAGCUCUUAUUCAAACGAGCCGAGGUCAAGCUUUGCUCAAGAUUGGCCGUUCGAGACUUCAAUUGAUGAGCAAAGCGGCUUCAACUAUUCAAUGCAUGAUGAUGUUGCUCAGGGACGUACCAAUUGAACAGGUCUGUGAUAGGCGUCGAUCCUGAAGAUGGAGUCCAGUAGUGGCACUGCUAUUGCCUGGGCUCUGAAGAUGUAUUGCUAUCUG